ACAUGAACCAUGACAACUCAAAUCGCCCCAAAGCCUGGAUAAUGACUACAACUCUAGUGGUGACACAACACAUCUUGAAAGAGGACAGAGGGACGAAGGGGGAUUUUCUCGUGUAUGGAUCCACUACAUCGGAGAUUAUUGAAGAAACUGAAUAUAUAAAUAAGAUUAGAUCCACCCUAGCAAAGGUUCAACCCCUGCCGAGUAAACGUGGCUUGAGUCAUGGGGUUCCAGAUUGCCUGUCGCUGGAUUCAAAGCCACAUUUCCAAGAACCUGGAUUGGAAGCCGAUAAAGAGGCCUUAGCCUCCAGCUGCAAGGAGACCAUGGAAAAGAUGAAAAACACAGAAGAAGAACUGUCACGGGUGAAUAAAGAAAACGAAAGGUUAAAGAUCAAGCUGGAAGCUUCAAGAGCAGCAGGGGCAGAGGGCGUGAAACACGGGGCACAGAAACUGCAGGAGGAUUUCUCCAAGCGCUCUGAGGAUCUCAGGAAAAGGCACGAAGGGACCAUCCAUAUAAUGAAGGCCCGCAAGCUCGAGCAAGAACAAAAAUUAAAAGAAAGCACAGACAGUCUCAGCCAGCUGAACGUGCAACUGCAAGAAAGGUACGAGCGGAUCGAAGAACUGGAGAAACGAGUGCAAAGGAUGGAAGAGGAGAAGAAAACGUUGAACGAAAAGAAACGAUCUUUAAAAGAAAAGCUGCACCAGAUGAUGUCAAAUGCAGAAGAUACUAAAAGCUGUGUAACGGUUCAGACAGAGAUCUCCAGACUUCAGGAACAAAUUAGCCACUUGGAUCACGUCAUCCAUUCCCAGCAUCAAAACUUACGCGGUCUGAUUCACCAGAUUGAAGAACUGAAUAACGAUCUAAAACAUCAAGAUGAAAGAAUAGAAAUCCUAAAAGAAAAGAUCGAGAUGCUGCAGGCAAAGAACAAAGAACUGAAGUACAAAGUGGAAUUCUACUCUGGCCAGUCAAAAACAAAGUCUUCCAAAGCUGUUUCAGCAAAGAUGGCGCAAGCCUUGCCAUACGCCAUACUGCGCAAGUGAAGCACUGCUACGCAGCGGGACCUUUUUUUCAGAUCUGCCACAAGGAUCAC